AUGAGGAAGGCCCAACGGUAUGAACAACCGGAAGUUGACGACGAAGGCUAUGGUGGUGAUGGCGAUGACGAGUUCAACCCGGCAAGAGAGAGGCGUGACCGCUGCAGAUCUCUUGACGGAGAAGAUGGGACACAAAUGACGAUGACAGUGGAUCUGAGUGGUCGACAUCGACUGUUGCUCCCCUAUUCGCGAUCAGCGGGAGAGUCCUGUGAACAUCAUGAUGUUCUAACACGGAUAAGAGUGCUAUGGCCGUGA